AUGGCGCUAGACAUAAAAUAAGACGGCGGGGACUUUGCAUUUUAUUAUCUGCCGCACGCUGCAGCAGAAUCGAUUUGAUCGGAUCCUCUAUCUUCGUUAAAAAAUAUAAACAAACAUUCUGGUACAGGUAGGUGAGUAUUCAACCAGGAAUUUCGGGAUUUGUAUACGGGGAGGGAGAUUUGAGAUGGCUGAUGCUGAUCUAAUGCAAGAGGUCUCUCUUAAGAAGGAAUCCACAGAGAGAAGAAAAGAAUCUGAAAAAUCUUCAUCUCUAACUCCGACAGGCACUCAGGAAACAAAGUCAAUCCAGAAUGAUAGUGGAGGCAGAAAAAAAUCAAAGAAAGCAGCUAGGAAUGAUCAAAGAGCAGCUCUUCGAGCAGCAAAGAAGAAAGGAAGAAAAAAAGAGGAACACGUAGAUGGGGAUGUUGCUGUUCAAAUGACUGGUUUGGUGCUAGAUGAUUCUCCUCCACCAAGACCCACUGGUACUGGGUUGGUUUAUGAUGAAAGAUUCAAGGAGCAUUACUGCCCUAUUGGAAGUGAUCAUGGGAAGAGUGAAUGUCCAGAGCGCUAUACAGUAUGCAUUGAGAAGCUCCAAGAAGGGGGACUGCUUGAUAGAUGUCAAAGAGUACCUUCUCGUGCUGCAUCAGAUGAGGAAAUAUUGACUUUGCACAGCCAAGAAUACUUAGACACUUUGAAGAAAAUUGGUUCUUUAUCAUCAGAUGAGUUGAAGGAGCUUGCUGAGAGUUAUGAUUCUAUCUAUCUUUGUAAUAAAAGCUUUGAGAUUGCUCAGCUAACAUUAGGUGGACUGUUAGACUUGACAGAGAAAGUUGUUAAAGGAGAGCUGAGAAAUGGAUUUGCAUGCAUCAGACCUCCAGGGCAUCAUAGUCAGCGGAACAAUGCCAAUGGAUACAGUCUUCUUAACAAUGUUGCUCUCACUGCUAAAAUAGCCAAGACCAAGUGGAAUGUUGAUAGAAUAUUAAUUGUAGAUUGGGAUGUUCAUCAUGGUCAAGGAAUCCAAUAUCUCACACAGGAUGAUCCAAGUAUAAUGUACUUCUCCAUGCAUCGCUAUGAGCACACAAGCUUCUGGCCUCAUCUUGAAGAAUCUAACUAUGAUAACAUCGGAGAACGAUCUGGAAAAGGUUAUAACAUCAAUGUGCCUUGGAACAAGAUUGGAAUGGGUGAUGCAGAAUACCUUGCUGUCUUUCAGCAGCUACUUAUUCCUCUAUCUUAUGAGUUCAAUCCUCAGCUUGUCCUUGUGUGUGCUGGCUUUGAUGCAGUUGAAGGAGACCCUAAGGGUGAGAUGGUAGUAAGUCCUGACUGUUUUGGUCACAUGACACACCACCUGAUGGGAUUAGCACAAGGCAAGGUAGUGUUAAGUUUAGAAGGUGGAUACUGCUUAGAAGGCCUCAGUCAGUCAGCUUCUAUAUGCACCAGAACACUUCUUGGAGAUCCAUGCAAGCCUCUAUCACAACUCAAACACAUCUCAGAAAAUUCAUUGGAAACCAUACACAAUGUGACUGAAGCCUUAAAACCAUACUGGAAGUGUUUUCAAUAUGAUCUUAACAAGUUAUCAAAUGAGGAGCCCAUUCAGAGUGAAGAUGUGAGUAGUACAACACCAGAUGUAUCCCAUCAGGACAGCACUUCAAGGAAGACUGAUGUAGAUACUAUGACUAAUACACUACUCAGAGAAAUCAUGAUAUCAACACCACCACACAGGACUGGACUAGUUUAUGAUGAGCGAAUGAAAUUACACAGAACCUUCAAUCACCCAGAACGACCUGAGAGAAUAGCAAGGAUAUACAGCAAACAUCAAGAACAUGGAUUGUUAGAUAGAUGUAUCAGAUUACAGACAAGACAAGCUACAUUUGAAGAAAUGGAAACUUGUCAUUUAGCUGACAUGAUAGGAGAUAUCAGAGAGACAAGCAAGUACACAGCUAGAGAAUUGAUUGAUAAACAGGAUAAGUUUAAUCCUACAAGGUAUAGCAGAGACAUCUAUGUUCAUCCAGUAAGUAAUGCUCCAUUCAGGGACAUCUUUAUUAAUCCAGAUACGUAUCUGUGUGCGUCAUUAGCCGCUGGAUGUACUCUCAAUCUUGUUGAUGCUGUCCUAUCAAACCAGGUCUUGAAUGCUGUUGGAAUUGUUAGACCACCAGGCCAUCAUGCUGAUAGUGAGACUGCAUCUGGUUUCUGCUUCUUCAACAAUGUUGCUAUUGCUUCCAGAUAUGCUCAGAAUAAAUAUGGUGUUAAAAGAGUUUUGAUUGUUGACUGGGAUGUUCACCAUGGUAACGGAACACAGAGAAUCUUUGAGACUGACCCAUCAGUUCUCUACAUCUCACUUCAUCGCCAUGAUAACGGUAUGUUCUAUCCUAUUGGACCAGAGGGAGCAGCAGAUCAAGUUGGAAAAGGUGACGGACAAGGAUACAAUGUCAACAUUGCAUGGAAUACAGGUAAUAAAGGCUUAAUGGGUGAUGCUGAAUACAUAGCUGCUUUUCAUCAUAUCAUCAUGCCUCUAGCAUACCAGUUUAACCCAGAGUUAGUUUUCAUUUCUGCUGGUUUCGAUGCUGCAAAGGGAGAUCCCCUGGGGAAUUGUUUGGUAUCACCAGAAGGCUAUGGUCACAUGACCCAUAUGCUUAGCAGUCUCGCUGGUGGGCGUGUCAUUACUGUGUUAGAGGGAGGUUACAACUUGCAUUCCAUAGCUGUUUCCAUGGCGAUGUGCACCCGCAUCAUGUUAGGUGAUCCGUGUCCUGACCUUUCACCUGGUUUUCCAUCAUGCUGUGGGAUGCAAGCAAUCUAUGAUGCUGCCAAGUCUCAUCAGAAGUUUUGGUCUUCCAUGAAAGAUAAAGUAUGUUUCUUGGAGACAAUGAUGUAUAAAGAAAAUGGCACUGAAGAUUCUCUCUCUUCAUCAAAUGCUGCACCAAGGGAUGAAGUGACCUCGUUGGGACCAGAGAGAGUUGAUGAGGUUUCAUCUUCAAGAUUGGAUGAUGGAGAGAAGAUGAUCAAUGAAGAAGAUGGAAUAAAAGAUAUCUUAGAAGGAAUAUCAGGGAUGAAUCUUCAGCAAUCAAGAGAAGAAUCUCCAGGAGGAGGAAGAGGUGCCAGGGAUCAAGUUAUACAUGAUGAUGUUCCUGAAGAUGAAGCACUAGGAGCAUGUGGUGUAUCAGAUCAAGCUACAACUCCAGAAGCAGAAGAUAACAUCAUUAGUAGCAUUCAACGAACAUUUGGUCCUGAAGUAGAGAUGCAUGCAGUGAUUCCUCAGCCAUGGUGCCCUCAUUUAGAAUCUGAUGUAAGACCUCUACCUUCUAAUGGACUAGAUGUAUCAUUACCUUGCAGGGAUUGUGGCGAUACCAAAGAGAAUUGGCUGUGUUUACAUUGCUAUCAGGUGUACUGUGGGCGUUAUGUCAACGAGCAUAUGUUAAUGCAUGGGUUGGAGUCUAAUCAUCUUAUGGUGCUUAGCUAUGCUGAUUUGUCAGUUUGGUGCUAUGGAUGCGAUGCUUAUAUACAUAAUGAGAUUCUCAUACCAGCAAAGAGAGCUGCACAUCUUGAUAAGUUUGGUGUUCCUGGAGUUUAGCAUCAUGCGAAGCUGUGAGAGGCUCAAAAAUGUUUAAAGUCAGCUGCACAGAAUAACAAUAUCCAGUCCAAGUAUAUAUCUCAUUGACCAACUUUUGUACUUGAAAUGCUACGUCCAUCUUGAAGAAAAAUCCUUGUUUAGUUUUACUCAUUCAGUGAAUCUUCUUGAUUGGAAUUUAAUGGGAAUAAGUGCAGCUCAGUAAACACCAUCUUUCAAAGAAUAUGAACUGUUGCCUCAUUGUACCAAUCUCUUUCUUAUUUUCAACAAAGUGCAGUCUCUGAUCUGUAUUCUAAACUCUUGUCCAUGAGGCUGUGGGUUUAAUUACUGCAUGUAUAGAAAGCCAAAUUUCACACAGAUAUAACAAGCAAUUUAUCAAAUCAUUUGACAAUGAUCAUUUGUGCUUUUAAAAACGUGAAAUUGGCAUUCCUGUAAGAGUAUUAAGUCCUUCCUCUACUUUAUCUCAAAAUACCAGGUCCUAAUAUUCAAAUAUAUAUAUACACACAAACAAGAUAUACAAGAAUUUAUCCAUUACACUAUUUUUCAGAUUGUCGAGUUUCAGCAGAUCUUAUGCUUAAGUGAACCUCACACUUCAAACUGUUUUUUUUUUCUUUUCCAAUGUCUCGCUAAAAUAUUGACAGAUUAUAUUUCACUCAGAGUUUGCUCUUUUAAACUACAUGUACAUAGGGUAGUUAAAAAAAAACAAGAGCAAACUUAACUGGUGUUUAGUUGGACAAUCACUUAGGGAAUUAAUUUUUAUUGCACUUCAGCCCAUUAAUUCUAUGUGAUUAAAGUUUCAGUCAUUGUUAGUUUGUUAUGUGAACUUCAUCCAUGCUUUUAAAUGUUUGAAUAUUGCAUUGUGGAGGGUAAAUUAAUGAUGUUCUUAAUU